AUGAGCUACUACGGCAACUACUAUGGAGGCCGGGGCUACGGCUACGGAGGCUUCGGUGGCCUUGGCUGUGGCUGUGGCUGUGGCUGUGGCAGCUUCCGCAGAUGGGGCUGUGGCUGUGGCUAUGGAGGCUACGGAGGUUAUGGCUCUGGCUUUGGGGGUUAUGGAGGCUAUGGCUCUGGCUUUGGGGGUUAUGGAGGCUAUGGCUCUGGCUUUGGGGGUUAUGGAGGCUAUGGCUCUGGUUUUGGGGGUUAUGGAGGCUAUGGCUCUGGCUAUGGGGGCUACGGAUAUGGAUUCUCCAGCUUCUACUAA